GAAGCGGAAGUGGCGGUACUGCGCCGGAAGUGCCUGAGCCGGGGCCGGAAGUGGCGUGGGCCCGUGCCGGCGGAGCGACUGCGAUGGCGGCGGAGGAGGAGCGGCUGCUGGCCUGGCUGCGCGGACCGGCUGUGGCGGGACCCGGCGGCGCUGAGCUCGCCGCUUAUGUGGCCGAGCUGGCGGCGCUGGGGCUGGCGGAGCUGGGCCGGGAGCCGGCGCGGUUGGCGGCGGAGCGGGAGCGGGUCGGGGCCGAGACGCGGCGCUUGGCCUUCGAGCACUACCGCGCCUUCAUUCGCUCCGCGGAGUGCACCGGGCGCGCCGGCCGCGGCUUCGGUGGCAUCGAGAGCCGUCUGAGCAGCCUGCUGGAGCGCCUGCCCGCCCUGCAGGAUGCCUGCCGGAACUUCAUGCGUGAUGCUGAGGCCAUUGCCUGCAGCCGGCGGAUGAACAGCCUGACACUGAACCGGCACACAGAGAUCCUAGAGAUCCUGGAGAUCCCGCAGCUCAUGGACACCUGUGUGCGUAACCGCUACUAUGAGGAGGCGCUGGAGCUGGCGGCCUACGUGCGCCGGCUGGAGAAGAAGUACAGCAGCAUCCCCGUCAUCCAGGGAAUUGUGGCCGAGGUGCGGCAGUCCACUCAGCUGAUGCUGAACGAGCUCAUCCAGCAGCUCCGCACCAACAUCCCUCUGCCCACUUGCCUGCGGGUCAUUGGCUAUCUGCGGCGCAUGGAUGUCUUCACCGAGGCCGAGCUGCGCAUCAAGUUCCUGCAGGCACGGGACGCCUGGCUGCGCUCCAUCCAGGCCUCCAUCCCUGAGGAUGACCCCUACUUCCACCUCACCAAGACAGUCGAGGCCUGCCGCGUCCACCUCUUUGACAUCAUCACACAGUACCGUGCCAUCUUCUCUGAUGAGGAGCCGCUCCUGGCCCCCGAGCAGCCCUCCCUCAACGAGGGGGCCAUCUUCCAUGGUUGGGUGCUGCAGAAGGUCUCUGAGUUCCUGCAGGUGCUGGAGCGUGACCUGCAGCGAGGGGUGGGCGGCCGCUUGGACUCUCUGCUGGGGCAGUGCAUGUACUUUGGCCUCUCCUUUAGUAGGGUAGGGGCUGAUUUCCGUGGGCAGCUGGCCCCCAUCUUCCAGCGUGUCGCUGCCACCACCUUCAGCAAGGCAGUGGAUGAGGCGGUGGAGAAGUUCCAGGAGGAGAUGAAUUCCUACACGCUCAUCUCUGCCCCAGCUGUGCUGGGCAGUGCCGCAGCGGUGCCGGUGCCCUCAGCCCAGCCAGGGACACUGCAACCACCCAUGGUGCUGCUGGACUUUCCGCCCCUUGCCUGCUUCCUCAAUGGCCUCCUUGUUGCCUUCAACGACCUGCGGCUCUGCUGCCCCAUCGCCCUGGCACAGGAUGUGGCUGCCUGCCUGAAGGAUGCCCUUGGCAAGGUGACCAAAAUAAUCCUGGCCUUCCACCGGGCAGAGGAGGCAGCAUUCAGCGGGCGCGAGCAGGAGCUCUUUGUCCAGUUCUGCACAGCAUUCCUGGAGGAUCUGCUUCCUUACCUGAAUCGCUGCCUCCAGGUUCUCUUCCCCCCGGCUCAGAUCGCACAGGUGCUGGGUAUCCCUCCAGCCCAUCUGCAGCGCUACAGCCACCUGGGCUGCAUUGAUGUGAACGCUUUCAGAGAGCUGCUGGCCCCUGUCCUGCCAGCACAGGAGGCAGAGCUGCCACCCAGUGAGGAAGAGCCAUCCCCACAAAGCCCUGUGCUCGCACUGCAUCGUACGCAGACAGAGGAGACUGGGCCAGGGGGGCCCCCGCUAGAGCAGGGCCGAGACGAGCCCGCGGACCCUGCACUGGGGGCUGUGCUGCUGGAUGAGAGCGGGCACAGAGGGGAGCAUCCUGCAUCGUGACCCGGGGGCUGCGGAGAGGGGAGAGCCGUGCUGCGGGGGGGAACACUUGUUCUGUGGGCACAGGGGUCCCCACGCGUCCCCUCGGUGGGGCCGGGCCGUGCCUGCAGCAAUAAAGCCGUGCCACCCGCGUGGCCGCCCGGUCCCCGCCGUGUCUUUCCCGUUUGAAGCCGCGGAGCCGUCGCUCCUCCCCGCCGGCAGGGGGCGCCAGUCCUCGCCCUCCCCGCCCCCAGCGCCCCUCCAGCGGCCGCG